UGUAUUAAAAUAAACUAUUAAGUAAUUUAUUUUAUUUAUGAUUGUAUAACAUUAUAAUUUUGUUAUUUAUUUAUAUUUAAUAUAUUAUUUCAUAGUAAAUUAAUAACCAAUUAACUCAUCUGAAGAAGCGUGUUGCUCAAAUAAGGAGGACACAUCUGUUCAAGAAACUCCAAAAUCAAAUAAAAUAUUAGAUAAUGUUGUACCUUCAACGAGUAAUGGAGUAAUAGGACAAUUAUUAUAUGAAGUUAACUCCAACAUUGAAGUAGAAAGAUGGCUGACGUAUAAUAAAUACCUGUUGUUUAUUAUUUUUGAAGAAAUAUCAAAAAUUAAUCAUCAACCAUUUGGCUGUACGUUUAAAAAUUUGGUUUUUGUCGAGGAGAGGAGAAAUGGUUUGUAUAGUGAAUAUAUGUAUUCAUGUAUAUAUAAAAUAUAUAUUAUAUUUGAUUGUGCUUUAUGCCGGAAAGAAUAAGUAAUUAAAUCUGAAGAUCCUAGUAGGUACGUCAUUAAUGGACAUCAAUACAGUAGCUGUAACGGCAUCAGUAAAUGCAGGAUAAGGUUUUGUACAAUUAAAAAUAUUCUCUAUUUUAUUGAGUAUGCCAAAUGUGAGCAAUAAAUUAUACCAAAAAGUACAUAAAAAAUUUGAUCAAUUUACACAUAAUACUGCUUGGGAAUCAAUGUCUUUUGCAUCGAAAGAGAGGCUAAAUUAGCUAAAGGAUAACGGCGAUGUAAAUGAAAAUGGAGUUCCUAUGAUCACAGUUAUAGCUGACGGAGCUUUGUUCAAAAGGAGUUAUAGGACAAACUUUAAUGCCUUAUCUGGUGUUGGUGAAUAUCGAGUAAACUUCAAAGCUAUCAUGAAAUGUAAUUUACCAACAGAUAUUGAUUUCGGACAUAAUUUUUAUCUGAGUAAAAUAUCUAGUAAUACAACUGAACUAAGAGGAAAUCUCACACUAAACAGACCAAUGAGUGAUAAUUUAACAGUGCAUAUGAAUAUGGCUAUUAAAGACUCGAUCGGAGGCUGGAAAGAUAAUGCUCACUUGUUAAAAUCUCCAAAAGCUUGCUCUACAGUAAAGAGUAUUUUAGGAACAGAGUGGCCAUUAUACUUGAAAUCUUUUGGAAUUAAUAACUUUAAUUGUCCAAUAGCGCCGGGAGUUUAUGUGUCAAAAGGUUAUGACCUAACAAACGCUGUACUACGUUCCAAUUUUCCAAAAACAUUUUUUUAUGGAACUUACAAAACUCGUUUUCAUUUUACAGAUCAACUUAAUAACGAAUUUGGUUGUUCGAUUUUUGUUAUAGAAGUAAAACGCCCAUGGGAAAUAGAAUAAAUUAUUUAUUAUUAA